AUGAAUUGCAGACUCUCAACGAUCAUAGAGUCGUCACUAGUUGAAACUCUUACAGGCCUCUACGUGGAUCUCAAGGAUGAGGCGAAAAAGGAAUGCCAAUUCGCCAUCCGCUCAGGAGGGCAAACCGCUUGGGCGGGCGCUGCUAAUAUUGAAGGCGGUGUAACUCUUGAUCUAAGAAAGCUGAACACAGUCAAAGUGAAUUCAGCUACGGCGACCGUGUCACUUGGCGCAGGCGGUACAUGGGACCUGGUUUACUCCAAGCUGGACCCUAUGUAUCUCAACGUCAAUGGCGGCCGCACGGCCGGCGUGGGCAUUGGGGGCUUGAGUACCGGAGGCGGUAUUUCUUAUUUCGGGACUCGUUAUGGCUGGACAGCAGAUACCGUUCUCAACUUUGAGGUGGUGCUGGCAGAUGGGACUAUUGUUAACGCUAAUGAGAACGAAAAUUCAGAUCUUUUAUGGGCUCUACGGGGCGGUAGCAACAACUUCGGCAUCGUCACCCGCAUUGACAUGCAAACUUUUGAGCAAGAACCUUUUUUGUUUAUUAGGAUCAACGACCCAGUGACAUACGACGAAUUCGCACACCUGACAUUGACCUGGGGUUUCUCCGCUUCUGCUGGCCUUGUUGUUGCAAACCAGCUGGAAUAUACCAAGCCUAUAGAGGAUCCUCCCAUUUUUGCGAAGACAAGGAGCCUGCCCGUAUUGUUUCGUAGAGAUGGUAUCUCCAACGUCACGCAGCUUUCCAAGGACUUGAGGGAUCAGGCGGCGACCAUCAACGCCACAUUCUUCCGCUUCAAUGAAAGCCUCCCAACUAUAGCACGAGUUUCAGGCAUUGUCUCGUCGCCCACCCUGGAGCCCCUCCCACCAGCACUUUAUGCGCGUCACCAGGCCUCCAACUCCCUUGGCUUCGGCCAUAGAGAGAACCUGAACCAGUCGCUAGUCAUCGCCUUAUUGAGCAUCAGCUACACAUUCGCGAAUGAUGACCAGAUCAUCAAGACAUAUGGCCACUCACUCAUGGAUGCAAUCAGCCAAGAUAUGAAGAAGUUGGACGCAUUUGAUCCAUACUUGUCCUUGAACUAUGCGGCACCGUACCAGGAUCCUCUAUCUAGUUACACAGAUGCCAACAUGCGCCGUUUGCGUGAGAUUGCAGCCAAGUGGGACCCUCACGGGACAUUCCAACACCAAGUUCCAGGCGGGUUCAAACUCUUUACUCACCUGAAUCUUCUUUAG